AACAAAGUGAAGUUUUGUCGCGUAUCGAGGAUGGAUUCAGUGACAGAAAGUGAAAUAACGCAGAUAGUGAGACUGCAGAGAGAGGCCGGCGUGCAGAGGCUCAGCUGUCACUUCUCGUGGUCUGAGUUCUGUGAUGAACGCCGCUGCUUCCAUCAGGAGUUUGUGUACGACGUGGCCAUGUUUGCUGCGGCCCGUGGCUUCCCCUGGUCUAACGUGGUCCGGGCAGCUGUGAUCGCCAAAAACAUCUUCCCACAGCUGGACGGUCUCAAUGCACCCAGGCUGUUGUCUUCGCUGAGAGACGCCGUGUCUGAGCCGAACCUCACCUCGGUCCAACGACACCAGUUCACCCAGUUCCUCACAGACACCUGCAUCAGCCGGCGGAGGCUCUUCCAGGCGGUGCUGGAAGGAGCUGCCAUCACAUCCGCCUCUCAGCUGCAGCUGGAGGUGCAGCUGCCGCCUACACCUCGUCCUCUCUCUCAGGGCACGGACCUGAAGGUGUGGGAGCAGCAGCAGCAUCACGCUGAGCUCAGCUCUCUGCUGCGACAGAAGGAGGAGAAGCUGCAGAGUCUCAGAGCGGGGUCAAGGGUCACUCUGCAGGAGCUGGAUGUUCCUGAGGAGGAGCAGCUGGACAAGGAGGCUCUGGUGCAGUGUGUCCGUGCAGCAGUGAGGUCUACAGAGGACCAGAUCCUGGAGAGUCUGGACCAGGAGGCGUCUCUGCUCCGAGACAUCCAGCAGCUCAGACUGCAGCAGGCAGCGCCGGCCAGCGGACGCCUCCACAGACGGCCCCACAGAGGAGACGCAGCAGCAAAGACCAAGCUGCACUAACAGGACUCAGAGAGCCUGGAAACACUGUGAGGAAGGCUUAUUAUAUUAUUUAAUCUCAAGUUUUAACUCUUGUAAUAUGUGAUAUAUUUCAUUUUCCAAUAUUGGAUAAUAUCCCAUCAUCUGUGAAUGAUUUUCAACCUUAAGAGACAAAAAGGAAAAAAACAAAACAAAAUAAACUCAACAAAAAUUAAUUAUAAUACUCAAAUUGAAAUAUGGUCAUGUUAUAUUAAUGGCAGAAGGUAAACAGCAGAAAAUAGGUUAUUUAAUACAAAAAUAAAUGAGAAAAUAAAGAUUUAAAAUGA